AUUAAAAGUAAAAUACUUCUCCAUCUAGCAAGUGUUUUUUGCUUGCAUUGGAAAUAAAUAUUAUCCUAAUUGUAGAAGAAUUUAUUAUUUAUUGUGCAGUGAAAUAACAUUUACUUAAGCUGGAAGCUAGUAUCGUACAUAAAUUGUUUGUGUCUCAUUAAAAAGUGGGAAAGUUUGCCAGAGAAAGCCCAAUAGACAAAAAUUUGCUUAUUGUCAGUUGUUUCAACGCACAAUGUCAAUGCCAAUGAGUAAUAUAAAUAAGGGCGGAUAUGUACCACCGGGAUUUGGAGCUGGAUAUCCACCAGGAGGAAAUGGUCCUAACAUGCCUCAAGCGGAAGGGUAUCAACCGUCAGCACCGGGAGCAUAUGGUUUUGUGCCAGGACAGCCGCAAAGUGGUUAUACGCCCGUACCUCAAAUGCCUCCCUACGGUGAGGCUCCACCGAAUUACGGUGGUCAACCAUCCCCAUAUGGUGGACAACAGCCACCUUAUGGUGGUCAACAACCGCCUUAUGGCGGCUUGCCCCAACCACAGCCGCAGUUCAAUGGCGGUGGAGGCUUUCAACCAGGACCAGGGUAUGGGCCACAAGGUCCAAUAGUUACGCAACCAGGAAUGCCACCACCAGCGCAACCAAAGGGGCCACCUGGACAACCAAUGGGACCAGCAGGCGACUGGAUGAGUAUACCCGCCGGAAUACCGAAUUGUCCACGCGGCUUGGAGUACCUUACGAUGGUCGACCAGCUUUUGGUUAAACAAAAAAGCGAAUUACUUGAAGCUUUCACCGGCUUCGAAACCAAUAAUAAAUUCUCCAUAAAAAAUGCGCUCGGCCAAAAAGUCUAUUACGCUGUAGAGGACAACGAUUGCUGCACGCGUAAUAUGUGUGGCUCCGCACGUCCUUUUGAUAUGAAAGUUUUCGAUAAUUUCCGUAAUGAAGUCAUCCAUAUGUAUCGCCCAUUAGCCUGUUCGCAAUGUUGUUUUCCCGGUUGCCUACAAACAAUGGAAGUAUCCGCACCGCCGGGCAAUGUAAUUGGCACCAUCGAGCAAGAAUGGUCCAUCUGUUCGCCAUCAUUUCGCAUAAAAAAUCAUAUUGGCGAUACCGUGUUACGCAUCGAAGGACCCAUUUGCACGUUUUCAAUGUGCGGUGAUGUAGAAUUUAAGGUGGUUUCUUUAACCGGUGAGCCUGUAGGGAAGAUCUCAAAACAAUGGUCUGGUUUGGCGCGCGAAAUAUUCACCGAUGCAGAUUUCUUUGGUAUUACCUUUCCGAUGGACUUGGAUGUGCGCAUGAAGGCUGUGCUUUUGGGUGCCACUUUCCUUAUUGAUGCGAUGUUCUUUGAAAAACAAGCAAAUCGUGAAGGCGACCGUCCAGGCAUGUUCUAAACAAUACGGCUUUAAUAAAAUAUUAAAAAAGUGUAUAACAAUCAAACCAUAUGCACCAUUUGGUGUUCUUUGAUAUUAAAUUUGAAAUUUAUCUCAAUAAUAUUUUAUUCGAAUGUAAAAAAUACAAAUUUUUGGAUAUAAUAUGACGUACUAGUCACCUUUAAACCAAAGUAAAAAAAAAAGUGAAUUUAAAACUAAAAUAUUUUUAAACUACAGCGAACAUAUGAAUUAAAAAAAAAACGUUUUUGUUGUCAAUUGAAUUGCUUUCAUCGCUUUUAAAGUGUGAUAAAUUAUUUAUAUAUGCAUUUUAUAUAAAUUGUUGUACUAAGUCAAUAGAAUUCUGUAGUAAAAAGUUUAAUGUAUGUAUAUACUCACUAAAAAUUCAUGUACAAUAACUGUAAAGAAUGUAGAUAGGCAAAGUACUUGAGUUGUACAAUUUUUUUACUGUUAUUUUUAUAAAUAUUCUGUUUUUUUCAUAAAUAAAUGAUUGUAAUCAAAUACGCGUUGCCUUAUCGCCAUAUAUGUGUGUACAAAUGUAAAUGUACUAUGUACACACAUAUAUAGUUAUAUACUAUAUAUAAUAUAUCUAUAUGUAUGUAUGAAACUUGUAUUUAUUAAAUUGCUGUGAAAUUGUACCAAAAAACUGAAAGAACAGCUUAAAUAAAUGUCCACUUUAAUAAAUAAUAACAA